GAGUGACAGUAUUUAUUAGGUUUCUUGAAAUGGACAAAGUCAAGAUUGCUACCAAGAAGUCUACCAAUUUGAGUACUUUAUGGGAUUUUAUUCUUAUAGAAUUUAAUCGUGGCUAUUCUUUAGAAAAUAAUGAAAAAGAAUUUUCAGACAGGAGAGAAAAAGUUUAUACUUUCAUGAAAAUACCUUUAGAAGUAGAACGAUUUAUCUUCUAUGGCAUUUGUCAGUGUGCAGAUUCAUUUCUAUUUGUUUAUACAUUCCUACCAUUACGGGUAUUUUUAGCAUUAAAAUCAUUAAUUUGUAGUUCUUUAUCAACAUUUAAGGACAAACAUAAUAAAAAACAAUUAUCUGCUGCAGAAAUUUGCGAUUUACUAAAGAUGACUGUACUAAUAACAUGUUUUAUAAUGUUAAUACCGUUGGAUACAUCAAUGAUUUAUCAUUUAAUUAAAAGUCAGUCAGUUAUUAAAUUGUAUAUAUUUUUUAACAUGUUAGAGGUUGGAGACAGAUUAUUUUCUUCAUUUGGCCAAGAUAUUUUAGAUUCAUUGUAUUGGACUGCUACUGAACCUAAGACUAGCCAGCGUAAACACUUAGGUGUUUUACCACAUUUUAUUAUUGCUGUGUUAUAUGUCUUGUUACAUAGUGUACUUGUAUUAUGCCAAGCUACCACAUUGAAUGUUGCUUUUAAUUCAAGACACAAGGCAUUACUACCAAUCAUGAUGUCCAAUAAUUUUAUAGAAUUCAAUGGAAACGUAUUUAAAAAAUUUAAUAAUACAGCUUUGUUCCAAUUAUCGUGUAAUGAUAUCCGUGAACGAUUUCAUCUUUUCAUAUUAUUAUUAAUAGUUGUAGUGCAGACAAUUAAAGAAUAUCAAUGGACUAGUGAAUCCUUUUACGAGUUAAUGCUUAACUGCACAUAUGUUAUGAUGUUGGAAAUAAUAAUUGAUUGGAUGAAACAUGCAUUUAUCAUUAGACUUAAUGAAAUCAACGUAUCAGUAUACAGUGACUAUGUAUUGAGCUUUGCUAAUGACGCUGUACAAUCAUAUAAUAAAAAGGCAGUUAGUGAUCACUCAGAUUUAGUAGCAAGACGAAUGGGCUUUAUUCCAAUUCCACUUGGAGUAGUUAUAAUUAAGGUUCUAAUUAGAUGUGUGUAUUUCGAUGAACUAUUAGUGUCUAUAAUUCUUUUAUUGUCUAUAUUUAUAUGUCUAUUCACAUUGAAAAUAGUUAAUCUUGCAUAUAUACUAGGGAGAGCUACCAAGUUGAUAGACCUCUGCAAAACUACUUUAGUAAAAAAUGAUCACAUUAUAAAUGAUAUUAAUUGUGAAGACAUAACAAUUAAUACUACUAGACCACCAAACAAAGAUAAAGACAAUAAACCUUUACUGCUGGUUAAAGAACCACCAUUGGGACAUAAACCAGUUAUUAUAAAUAACAAUGUAAUUAUGAAGGAGUCAUGCACUAAUACUCAAAUGAUAGAAGACAUUAUGAAAUCAGAUUUACCACAUAGUAGUUCUGAUUUAAACUUAACCAUGGCACUUGAUCCUGAUAUAUCAAGUACCAAAUCAGAUUGAACAAUUAUUGGAAUAUACAAGGCGGU